GAACACUCUGGAGUUUUCCUGAAAAGAAAUUCCAUGGGGACUGUACCUGACCCUCUGAGAUCAGCUAAAACUUCCCUGAUUGCAACUUCUGGGAAAGAAGAGGAUCUAGGAGAGUUGCGAUCUGCUUCAUCUCAUCAGGGACCAGCCCUACUGUAUAAGAAUACCAAUGGCCUUUCAGGGACUCCUGCAGAACCAGACCUCAGCCCCAGUGCAGCAGCUGAGGCUCUGAUGAAGGCUUGUGAGCAUGAGAUGACCCAGCCAGACAUGUCUUCUCCUUGUGUCAUCAAUGAGGUAGAGAAACAGCCUCCCACACUCAACUCUCCUAGUAAAUCCCAGCUGCCAGGAAGCAGCAUGCCCAUAGCACCAGUCCCAUGUUCUGCGGCAGGAAAGGAUCUUACACGUGCACCAUUCAUCAUGCCAGCCAAUCAGCACACCAACCAGGGCAUCCUGGCUGUCAAAAUCAAGGCUAGCCCCUCAUCUGUACCUGAAGACACCCAGGUGAAAUCACAGAGAACCUCAGGUGGAGAGCAACCUGAGAAGUCAAGUUGUCCUGUAGGAGGUAUCCAUGGCUGCAACAAUGAUCAAGUACCCUGUGAAAUUCCUUCUCAAGAAACAAUCCAGGGAAUGGUGCAAACUCCAAAUACUGCAACCCCAGUGUCCAGUCCUUCAGCCUCUCCUGUAGGUGGACCUGAAGGGGAGAGGCAUCAAGCCAUUUGUGACUCUGAGCCAAGGUCCUGUGAAUCUUCUGCUAAGGAAUUUGGAUGUUCAGAAAACAAACAACCCUUUCCCACUGCCUCAGACACCCAGGCCAUGACUUCUGUGGCAUCUCAACCAUCCCACCUCUCUAGUAAAGGUUCAGCAUUUCCUCCAGACCCAGAGAAAGUGCAGCUGACAGCUCAGUGUCAGGGGGUAAAGUUUAAAGAGGCAAGUACAAUGACCAACCAAGCUGAAAGUGAGAUCAAGGGAGCUACCAAUAGAACUCGACAAGAUGCUGAGGUGCAGGCAGUGGCAAGUGUGGAGAGCAGAUCAGUCUCCACCAGCCCCAGCAUCCUUACCGCGUUCUUAAAAGAAAUCCCUGCUCCUGAGCAUUUUGAACAACAAGAGCAACUAUGCAUCAUCUGCCAUGGCAGUGCCAGUGGGAGCCACACAUUGGAGCUGUCUGACAGCACGCUAGCCUCCCAGGAGUCAGGUCAGUGCUGUGCCAUAGUGCCCAAGGUGCACAUCCAGGUAGCCACAGCUGGUUCCAUGGCUUUGCAUGGGGAAAACAAAUCAAUGAGCUUGCCAGGCAAGGUCCUUCAAACUGCACCAAUCAAGGUGGCAUCCAAUAAUGCUCAAGAUAUAUGUAAAGAAGAUGGUAAGUCAGCAGGAAUGACUCCUAAGAGGGAAAAGCCAAACUCUAAACAAUUUUCAGGUUCUAAUUCUAGCUCCUUGAACGCUAGCUCUGCUGACCAGAUUUGUAUCUGUGCAAACAGUCAAGAUGAAAUAAGUUAUGGAGUGGGAAAAUCUGAAGCCAUGCCAUCUGAAUUUACAGUGAAAACCAUCUAUGGUCACCAAGUGGAUCCAGAUUAUAAACUACCCAACUCUUGUGUCCCCUCCAGCAAAGAUGAACAGUCUGAGAAGUUGGAUCCCAGUGAGAAAGGAGGUCCAGGAGAGAAGAAGCCUGUAUCUCCUCAGCUAGUAAAACAACCAGAGUCUACUGGCACUGAUACCCUGGAAGUAAAGGCAAAGGCAGAAGCCAAAACCCUACUGCUCAAUCCCAAAUCUGAAGAAAGUGGAGCCACAGGAUCAGCUGCUAAUCCCACACCCUCUUCCAUGAAAAAGAACCAGGAAGGCACCUUAGAAGAAAAUAAACAAACCAAGACAGCCGCAAGCCUCAGCCUGCCUUCUGAUUCCAUGGGUGACUCCAGCCCAGGUUCUGGUAAAAGGACCCCUUCUCGCUCAGUGAAAGCCAGCCCCCGUCGGGCAAGCCGAGUUAGCGAGUUUCUCAAGGAGCAAAAAUUAAACGUGACAGCGGCUGCUGCUCAGGUAGGACUCACCCCAGGAGAGAAAAAAAAGCAACUUGCCACUGAAUCCAAGCUCCAGUUGAAACAGUCCAAGCGUGUCCGAGAUGUGGUGUGGGAUGAGCAGGGCAUGACCUGGGAGGUGUAUGGUGCUUCCUUGGACCCAGAGUCAUUGGGUAUUGCCAUCCAGAACCACUUACAAAGACAAAUCAGGGAACAUGAGAAAUUAAUCAAAGCGCAAAACAGCCAGAGCCGGAGAUCCAUUUCCUCAGAUACUUCUUCAAAUAAAAAGCUUAAAGGAAGGCAGCACAGUGUUUUCCAGUCCAUGCUGCAGAACUUUCGGCGCCCCAACUGCUGUGUUCGUCCUGCCCCUUCCUCAGUGUUAGAUUGA